CGAUUUUCUCAUCGGAUCCACGUUUCAACCAUGAAUCGGGCAAAUUAGGGUUGCAGUCGCCCCCAAUGUGCCUGACCUUUUUGACAACCUCACACCCGCUCUCUCUUGCCUCCGCCCAGCUGCUGGACUCCACGCGCGACCGCCGCCCACGCCAGCGAGCCGCCCUUUUGAGGUCCGGCGACGGCCUUGGACCUCGGAGAAAAGAUCUCGUCAUGAGCCUUGCUUAGCAAAACCUGCCCAAUGAACGGACCAUCUGCCGAAACAAUGGGCGACAUUUUCACCGAGGGUAUCUUCAUCGACAUACUCUCGAGGCUACCGGCCAAGUCAUUGAUCCGAUUCAAGCGCGUGAGUAAAGGGUGGCGGUCUCUGAUUUCUGAUCUAAUUUCUGACCCGAGCUUCGUCAAGUUGCAUCUGCAGAGGCUGAAGGCAAGGGAUUUGAUUCCUAGCCAGAGGAUCAUCAUCGGCAGCCCCUGCGACAACCUCCUCCAGACAGUAGACUACGAAACGCUCGACCACGGCAGCGAGGAUCCGCUGGUGGUGGUCCCUCAUAGUAUCGAGGUUCCUUGCAGGAAGCCGUGCAUCGUAGGGUCAUGCGAUGGCUUGGUGUGUUUACUUGAGUCCGGCAUUUUCCUCAUUUGUAACCCGACCACCAGGGAGUAUAGGGAAUUGCCUGUUUCCGAUAUCCCUAGGGAUUAUGAGUUAUUCUGUGGAUUCGGAUACGACCCUCGAUCUGAUGACUACAAAAUAGUGGAGGGCGUCGUUGAUUAUGGCAAUUGGGAAAAUUGGGAGGUGGCAAGAUUUUCGUUCAAGUCCGGUUCCUGGAGAAGGAUACAAUUCCCGUACCAGGAACUAAUCCAUCAGCAAGUUUCCCUCUCUGGAGUUUAUUGGAACGGGGCCUUACACUGGUACGUCUACGACUUGAUCUCUGACAAAAAGAGUAUGAUCAUGUCAUUUGAUUUGUCGGAAGAGAGAUUUCACUGGGAGCUCCCGGUCCCUGAAGUUGAUGUGGGCAUGACUUUAGUGGGACUCGGGAUCCAUGGAGCCAGUCUGUUCAUACACAGCGGCAACUAUGGUCCUCGCAUGGAGGCAUGGAUAAUGGAUGAGCACGGGCGAGGAGGAGGCUCGUGGACAAAAUGGUUCAGCAUUGAUUGCACAUCUGUAAAUCUUGAAACCGGAGUUGGGAAUGCCCCCCUCACGUACACAAGGAGCGGGAAAGUUGUUCUUCGGGUUAAUAGUGACCGGAUGAUUCUGUUCAAUCCGAAGAAUAACAGUUGCAAGGAUUAUCCUAUAAGGAGGCAUGACCCUUUCCAACAUGCUAUCUAUUUGGAAACACUUGUGUCUCCCUAUCUUGGCGGUGAAACAUCAAGAAUCUAGAGUGCAUUAUUGAACAAAGACGCACAUUAUCUACUGAGAGGGAUGGUGAUGGCGAUAUCCCGCAUGACGCGGACCAAUUCGAAAGGUUUAGUCUGGAUGAAACUUUUUAUCACAAUUUUAUUGAACAGUUAUACAUUCAUUGUAAUAGUUUUAGUGUUUUAUCUUGUGCAUUGUCUGAUUUAGUGUUUUGAUGUGAGUGGAUAUCUUUUGGGAAUAUUUUUUAGGUUGAUCAAGAAUACCUGCAAUAUUAACUGUU